GAGCUGCCGAUAGCCACCACGGUGACCUUGAUUCAGGAUUGAAGCCGGGCGGGGAUCAGUGUUCAAGCUCUCCAGCGCAGCGCGACAAGGGGUAGACAGACAGACAGCGCGCAUUCGGACUCGCUGGCCCGACGGCUUGAGGGACGAGGAAUGAGAGCGACCGCGGGGUCGAGCGGAAGGGGAAAGGAAGCGAGGACCAGCAGCGCCGGACCAUAGCGCGGAGCAGAGCAGAGCAGCGCAGCGGAUGAUGGAGACUGCCCGGCAAGAAGAGAGCAAUUGCGUCGUGCAUUAUCGAGGAAGCGCUGUGACAUGCGUAGGGGCGGACAGGAUGGGUGGGUAGUAGCAGGGGCGGCGAUUGAGGAGCGCGAGAACAUUGAGGUCGAGCCAUCGAAAGUCAGUGCUCGUGCCCUGUCGGUUGCGCGAGGUUUCAGUUUGUCGAGACAGGCGGAUAGGGCUUUUUGAGCGUGGGGCUGCGCCGUGCGAUUGAGCGAGUGAGGAAGAGGAGGAUGGAGGGUACUGAGGGCUCUGUCGGGCCCAAUGUCCCCUCCAUCAUGGGGGCGAAGAUGGAGCCUCGCGGAGAUUCUUGGGGCUCCGGGGAGUGCAAGGAUGGCAGGGUCUCGUAUGGAGGGUCGACGAGAACAGAAGUUGACAAGGACUUCCUCUGCCCGAUUUGCAUUCACACCAUGAAAGACGCGUUUUUGACGGCCUGCGGGCAUAGUUUCUGCUACAGGUGCAUUAUGACUCAUUUGAACAACAAGAGCAAUUGCCCUUGUUGCGGACUCUACUUGACGAACACCCAACUGUUUCCCAAUUUCCUUCUCAAUAAGCUCCUUAAGAAAGCUUCAGCCUCCCAGUUUGUUACGAAUGCCUCACCAACGGAGCACAUUCGGAUGGCAUUGAAGCAGGGAGAGGUGUCAGUGAAGGAGUUGGAUUCUCUUCUAAUCUUGCUAGCUGACAAAAAACACAAAGCGGAACAAGAGGAAGCCGAAGCUAACAUGGAGGUUCUACUCGAGUUUCUCCACCGGUCUCGACAGAUCAAACAGGACGAGUUGAACGAGUUACAAGGGGAUCUGGCAUUCCUGAAAGAAGACAUCGCAUACGUGGAGAGGCAGCGACUAGAGCUUUCGAAGUCUAAGGAGCGUUAUUCGAUGAAGAUUCGCAUGCUCAUUGAUAGUUCCUCUCCACAACUCGAUCGCUUAGCAUCUGACAACUCCAGCACAGGGGGUGCUAUUUCUCUCUUGCGUAGUGGCCAGGGGGGUGCUACUGUACCCAGCAGCGGACAUACUCGAAGAGGUGACUCCAAGCAAAGAGUAGUGUCGAUGUCCUCAUUGAAGAAGGAAGCGUCAGUAGAUUCCGGGAAUGGCAAUACAUCUGACUCCUUGGGUGUCACCGCUGCCCACACCGGUGUUAUGAUGGCAAAGAAACGAAGAGUGGCCCAACAGUUUGAGGACCUACAAGAAUGCUACUUGCAAAAACGAAGGCGCAAAGUAGCAUUCCAGCGGCAGAAGAUGUUGAAAGACAGCAGCUUGAAAGUGGAUGAUCUUUGCAUGGAUCGAUCUGGCCUUGAAGACUUCCAGUCCGUUCUGACCGCGUUUACCCGUUACAGCAAAUUACGAGUAAUCGCCGAGUUGCGUCAUGGUGAUUUAUUUCACUCUUCCAACAUUGUGUCAAGCAUUGAGUUUGAUCGCGAUGAUGAAUUCUUUGCGACGGCGGGAGUGUCCAGAAGAAUCAAAAUUUUCGAGUUCGCCUCGGUUGUAAAUGAGCUCGCAGAUGUACACUGCCCAAUCGUAGAGUUGACAACACGCUCGAAAUUGAGUUGCCUAAGCUGGAAUAAGUACAUCAAAUCUUACAUCGCGAGCAGUGACUACGAGGGGAUUGUCACAGUUUGGGAUGUUAAUACUUCUCAGAGUAUCAUGGAGUAUGAAGAGCAUGAGAAACGCGCAUGGAGUGUGGAUUUCUCUAAGAAAGAACCAACUCGGUUGGUGUCUGGAAGCGACGAUGGGAAGGUCAAAGUCUGGUGUACGCGGCAAGAAACAAGUGUCUUAAAUAUUGACAUGAAGGCGAACAUUUGUUGUGUGAAAUACAACCCGGGUUCCAGCAAUUACAUCGCUGUUGGCUCUGCAGAUCAUCACAUCCAUUAUUAUGAUCUACGGAAUGCCCUGUCUCCAUUAUACGUCUUCAAUGGACACCGCAAAGCGGUAUCUUAUGUGAAAUUUAUUUCACCGAACGAGCUGGCCUCGGCAUCGACUGACAGCACCUUGAGACUUUGGGACGUGCAAGAGAACUCUGCGAUAAGGACUCUUAAAGGGCAUACAAAUGAGAAGAAUUUUGUUGGCUUGGCAGUCAACAGCGAGUACAUCGCUUGUGGCAGCGAAUCGAAUGAGGUCUUCGUGUACCACAAGGCCAUGUCGAAACCUGCGGCCUUCCAUCGGUUUGGAUCACCGGAUCCAGAGGAUAGUGACGAUGAUUCAUCUCAUUUCAUCAGUGCGGUAUGCUGGAAGAGCGACAGUCCUACAAUGCUGGCUGCUAAUAGUCAAGGGACAAUUAAAGUGCUUGUGCUUGCUCCUUGAAAGUAGGCUCUCCGAAACCCCUAAAUCCACGUGUAGCCCUUUUUUUCCGGCGGUAAGCGCAUUAUUUUUCGUUGAGAUGGAAUAGGUGUCUCAAGAGGCCGCAGUAUCUUGUAGAAAUUCCGAGUUGCGUUUAUUAGAGGGCAUAUAAGUUGAAACAGGCGCCUGUCCCUGAAGGGAUUUGUAGCAUAGUACGAUUUAUUUGGCCACAGAAGAAUCAGUUGGUGUUAAAGACUAGUUAGGAUCGUCGAGUUAAUAAUUACGACCAAAGCACGUAAUUAUUUCGCCAUAGGACCCAUUCUAUCGUCAGAAUUCCCCUUCAGUUUCAGGUGUUCCGAGGGGAUUUGUAUAGUCUUUCUGACAGGGUCAAGUAAGGGUCAAUUGUCCCUUGGUCCACGGUCCAUUUCUGGGACUACAUGUCAAACCUCAAACUUGUAUAAUUGAAGGUGAGUGUGCUCUGCUACGCAAGAAAUAAAUUCUCUUGAUUGAGUACUCACCAGUUUUGCCAUCCCACUAUUGCUUCACGAACCUUUUUUUUGGCUUAGUCAGUGUGUCGUCAUCAGUUCGACAUUUGCUGCUGCCUGCAACAGUAAAGCGCAACCUCUGUAGAGCUUGCAGUGAUAUAAAAUAAGUCUCGCAAACCGGGACCUAAAAAUGUAUAAUGCCGACUAGGAAGUGACUGCGACCAUGACCAUGUGUUU